UUAUUUUAUUUUCUCCCCCCCUCUCUCUCUUGUGGUCUAAUCAAAUGAAAGAAGAAGAAGAAGAAGAUGAUCUGCUGUUUCCUUAAUUUUUCAAGUAAAUUUGUCCACUAAAUUUGGCGGACUAUAUAACAGAAAAUCUUUAGUUUGUUAAAUCAGUUCUCUCCUCUCUAAAAUUUCAACAACAUACAACAUAGUUACAUACAUACUUAUUAUAUACCCUGCAGCUGAGGAGGCUUCUGAGUUGUGGUAGCAGAAGCAGCAGCAGCUAUGGAAGAGGAUAAGGGAAUACUAGCACAGAAAUUAAUAGAUGUAGUAAAUGAGAUAUCAUCAAUAACAGAUUAUAGAUGUGCUAUCAAGAAACAGUAUUGCAAUCUAUCAAGAAGAUUAAAGUUAUUAAUUCCAAUGUUUGAAGAGUUGAAAGAAACUAAAGAAGAUGUUCCUAAGGAGGUUAUUAAAUCAUUAAUCUCUUUACAACGAGCUUUAGAAUCAGCAAAGGAGUUGCUUAAAUUUGGAAGCGAAGGAAGUAAGAUUUACUUGGUGCUAGAGAGGGAUCUAAUAAUGAACAAAUUCCAGGAAGUAACAGCACAACUGGAACAAGCUUUGACUGGAAUAUCAUAUGAUGAAUUAGACAUUUCAGACGAAGUUAGGGAGCAGGUUGAGCUUGUCAUUUCUCAGUUUAAAAGGGCUAAAGUACGGCUUGAUACUCCAGAUGCUGAGGUGUACGAGGAUUUGUUAGCUGUUUACAAGCAGAGCAAUGAUGGAGUUACUGAUCCAGAUGUUUUAAGGAGAUUAGCUGAAAGGUUACAGUUGAUGGGCAUAUCUGACCUCACACACGAGUCCCUCGCUUUACAUGAAAUGGUUGUUGCCAGUCGUGGAGAUCCUGAGGAGAGUGUAGAAAAAAUGUCGAUGCUACUGAAAAGAAUUAAGGAUUUUAUUCAAACUGAUAAUCCUGAAAUAGAUAUCCCAGCAAUUGAAAAUUCUCAUCUAUCAGGCCUCAGCGAACAGGUCUCUGGUAAUGAUGAUAGUCCCAAAUCUAUAACUAUACCUGAUGAUUUUCGCUGUCCAAUAUCCUUGGAGUUAAUGAAAGAUCCAGUUAUCGUAUCCACAGGACAGACCUAUGAACGACAAUGUAUAGAGAAAUGGAUUGACGCAGGGCAUGGAACAUGUCCAAAGACACAACAGACCCUGUCAAGCACAGCUCUCACACCAAACUAUGUUUUACGUAGUCUCAUUGCACAGUGGUGUGAGGCCAAUGGUAUUGAAGCACCCAAACGACCAGGAAACCCACGGCCUAGUAAGACCGUCUCCCUAUGCUCCCCUGCGGAACGCGCAAUGAUUGAUAGCCUCAUUCGCAAACUAGGCUCUAGCAUCCUUGAAGACCAACGAUCUGCCGCAGGUGAGCUACGUCUUCUCGCUAAGCGAAAUGUGGACAAUCGUGUCUGCAUCGCCGAGGCUGGUGCCAUCCCUCUCCUCAUAAGUCUCCUUUCCACAUUUGACCCUCGCACACAAGAACAUGCUGUUACGGCACUCCUUAAUCUUUCCAUCUAUGAGGAGAACAAAGGGAGCAUUGUAACAUCCGGGGCUCUUCCUGGUAUAGUUCAUGUUCUUAAAAGGGGCAGCAGCAUGGAGGCACGUGAAAAUGCAGCUGCCACACUUUUCAGCUUGUCUGUGGUGGAUGAUAAUAAGGUAACAAUAGGUGGAUCUGGGGCAAUUCCAGCACUUGUCAUAUUACUAAGUGAAGGUAGCCAGCGAGGGAAGAAGGAUGCUGCAACUGCACUCUUCAAUCUUUGCAUUUACCAAGGAAACAAAGGAAGAGCAGUUAGAGCAGGAUUAGUUCCUACAUUGAUGAAAUUGUUGACAGAACCAGAGGGAGUUAUGGUGGAUGAGGCAUUAGCCAUACUUGCAAUACUAUCAAGCCACUCCGAGGGGAAAGCAGCAAUUGGAGCUGCCGAAGCUGUUCCAGUUUUGGUAGAUGUUAUUAGGAAUGGGUCCCCUAGAAAUAAAGAGAACGCUGCUGCAGUGCUUGUCCAUUUGUCCUCCGGGGACCAGCAAAAGUACCUAGCAGAAACGCAGGAGCUGGGGAUUAUGGAGCCCUUGUUGGACCUUGUGCAAAAUGGAACCGAUAGAGGGAAACGAAAAGCUGGGCAGCUUCUUGAACGCAUGAACAGGUUUAUUGAACAUCAGAAACAACAGCUGCAGGCUCAAAAGCAAUCUGAACCCCCCGAACCGCAACCACCAUCAUCAACAAGCCACGAUGAUAGUUGAUUUUUUUUAAUCACUAUUUGUUCUUUUGUUGUUCAAAUUGUUUUUAUUGAUUUUGAGAAGGGAGAAAGGAGGAGAGAUGUUCGGAUUAUAAAGAAGGGGAGGUGGAAGAUCACUUGCUCUGUCCGUGAAAGUUAAUUCUUUGUUCCCACAUAUGAUACAUGGCAGGAGGAAGGUUUGUACAACGGAAUGAGACAGAAGAAAACAAAAAUGGUUGAGAAGGUUUGUCGUACGAUAUAAAUGAUGUACUGUAUUUGUACGAAUGUACCAUGUAUUACUGUAAAACAUUCCUCAGUUUUUAUGGAAGGAAAUAUAAUUUUCUGUUUCCGAAAAAAUUGUGUGAAACUGAAAAGAACUACUAAUGUGAAAUUUAUACAGAAUAAAGAAGGGCACAUUAUUUAUAUGUCCUACUUUUAGAACCCAA